CGACACCAUAUUAAAUAACUACUGUAUUUAUUAAUUAAACUAACAAAUAAAUUUUCAUAGUGAUUUAAUACAUUUUAAUGAAUUUUUAACAACAAAAAUAAAUUAUUUAAAUUUUGAGAAGAAAUUGAAAUAAAUAGAAAAUGAUUGAUUUAGUUAUGUCACAUGGGAAUGUAUUUGUUUGGAGCGCUGAAGAUUGGCUGACACUGAGAAGAGAACACCGUAUAGUUGGAGCGACAAUUGGAUGCCCACACACUCUUCCUCGGCAAGAAAUAAUGCAAGGAUUACCUCUGAUGAUACUUCCAGAAGAAGUAACUUUAUUGCUGGAAAAUAAAAUUGCUCGGCUUGUUGAAUAUCCGAGCUUAAGGCAAGAGCCCGAUGAUGAUAUGAGGAAAGUUUUUGAAAAUUUUAGGAAGAAAAUGUUUAAAGAGCAAGAGACUGCUCUGAAAGAUGGAAAAAAGAAGCUAAUACUCGGAAAAAUUGAUUCUAUUAUUGAAGGUAAAAAGCGCAAAAGUUUAGGAUUGAAGACUUCUAAAAAGAGUAUGAAGAAGACUUUGGAUGAUGCUACAGCUGAGGCAGUAAAAAGAGUUGAGAUAGAUCGAGAUGCUCUUGUGGCUGAACAACUUAGCAAAUGUCCAAAUCUUGAUCCAGAUGAUGCUCUGAUUCAAAUACACACAAUUUAUCCUUGGAGUACUGAUAUAAAAGAAGUUGAAUGGAAUUAUCCUCAAACUGUCCAAGAAAAGUUAAGAUGUGAGGUGUACAAAGAUUUCUGGAAAAAAGGAUAUUAUUUAACUCUUGGAGAAAAAUUUGGUGGUGAUUAUCUCGCUUAUCCAGGUGAUCCUAUAAUGUUUCAUUCACAAUUUAUAGUUUCAUGCAUGGAUAUAGACGAAGAAAUCCCAAUUCUUAAUUUAACCGGUCAAUGCAGAGUUGCUUGUCACGUGAGAAAAACUCAAGUAUACGCUUAUUUUUCUGACGACAAUAAAAUUGCUUAUCAGUCAUUUCAAUAUGACAAUUCAAAUAUGAUUUGAUUAUUAAUUAUAAGGUUUACUGUAAUUAUGUAUAAAAAA